UACAAAAAACGGAAACGGAGCUAAUACACCAGUAUUUAUUGUUUCGAGUGGUCUUUUUAGUGGUAUGGGGAUCCAGUAUUGCGUCGCUGAUUGCAUUGAUUGACAGAUCUUCCCUGAAGUUGUUUUAUUACGUCAAAGUGCAUUCACAUUAUGACGUUGGCUGAGUUACCGUAUAAAAUGCGGUAGUUUAUUUCUUUGGUAAUCACUUGGUAAAGUUUUACAUGAUGGGAACAUAGGCUCCAGCCAUAGACUUUAACCAUGGAGGAUAAUAAGAGUUUAAACGAAGAUGAUCCACAUGAUCAUCAACGUUUGGAAGGUCAAGUCCAGAAAAUGAAGAAUGAUAUCCUGGGUUUAAACUAUCCAGAAGAUAGUGAAGUGAAGGAUCCCCUGCCUCAGAUCGAGCUCAAGGCUGUGACAAGGAGAAAAGUUAAGACCAAGAGGAAGACCAGUGCCAACAGGUCCACAGUUGAACAGAGCACUGAUACUGAUGCAGCUGAGAGAGAUUUUGUUGAUAAUCAGAAUGAUGAAGAAGAGGAUGAGGUGAAGAAGGAUCCUCUGCCUCAGAUGGAGCAGGAUGCCGUGAAGAGAAAUAAAGUCAAGACCAAGAGGACCAAGAGAAACAAAGUGGAGCAGAUCACUGAUACAGAUGCAGUUCAGGGGACAUCUCACCAGGGACAAUCUAAUGAAAAGAUCCUAAGUGAGUGUGUCUCCAGGGCCUGUCAGACCAGGGCUCUUGACCUCCCGCCAAUCGAUCCGGAUGCUUUCAACCCGAUUAUCAUCCGGUUUCUGGAAAAACUUACUGAAGAGCAAUGGAGGCAGUUAAGCAUUGGCAGGAUGGACCCUGUGAUGAGGGCAUUGCUUGCAGAGAUGUGCCUGCAGAUUGUGCGGUUUGUAUCUGAGGCCAUCCUGGAGGUCAUCAUCCCUGCAAUUUUCCGUUUUGUACGGAUAUACAGCCAUGUGUCUCCAGUAUCCGGCAAGUCUCUGACAGAAUCAGAGAGAUCCUCUAGCACAAACCUGAAGGUUCGCAAGAGAGGCAGCAGCAAAUCCUCAAGGUCUUGCACGGCCAAAUCAAGCUCCUCUCGUAAUGGGUCUCAGACAGUGUUGCCAAAUACUCAGGGAGAUGGUGAGUCUAUUUCAUCUGAGCCACUCAGUGACUUUUUUGGGAUCACUGAGGACAGUCUCCUCACUGGUGUCCAGGAUUCCUUCAAAAAGUCACUGAACAAUGUCCUCUGUAUCCAAAGAGAGGGCCAGGUAGACACUCAAAGUCUAUCCCGGGUUAUUGUUGGAGAAGUGUCAAAGAAGGUCAAUUCCAUAAUCUCUGUGGCCAUCCAAACUCCCAUCUCUGGGCGAAUGUCCCCUGUCAUUUUUGCCAGUGGUGGUGUCUCCAGCACCAAGGUGGUUGAGGAGAUGGUGUCUGGCAUUUCCAACAUACUUCAGAUGUACAUUAAUGGGAAGAGUGUUGAGCAGAGUGUUGUUCUCAUAGAGGAUGGUGUUGAGGUGGAUAUGACACAUUUAACAGGACAGGUCAUGACAGCCCUCAGUGGCACUGUUUUGAACUUCAGCAACAAGGAGGAAAAUGAACCCGACAAGAGGGAACUGCUUUGUGUUGUUGCUGACCACAUGAAGAUGCUUGAAGCUUGUAAAAGUCCCGAGGAGAUGCUAAAACAAGGAGAGAGCAACCUAAAUAUCAAAGGUGCCAAAUCUAGUCUUCGUCUGUCAACACAAAGUAUGGACAGACUACUCACUGAGGAGUUUCAGACCAAGGCCAUUGAAUCGAUCCGGGAGAUCGUUAAAAGAUUCAGGGGUUGUACAUCAUGUUGUUCUGGCACUACAUCAUCUAGUCCAACUCCUAGGAUAGGUGAGAUCAGAGACCUUAUGAUUGACCCUGAGGCUUCUGAGUUGGUAAGUACCUUUGUUUCAGACAUGGACAAUCUUACCCAGUCUAUCAAGGCAUCCUGCUCCCCUGCACAGCGUGAGCAGAUCCUUCUUGAAAACCAUCAAAGUAAGAUCUGGUCUUACACUGUUGGUUGUUACUAUGACAUGAAAAAUACGCUGAAGAGGCUUCUUACCUGUCCAGAAAAAAGGGAUCUCGCAAGUACAUUUGUGGAGAGCACAAAAUAUUCUUUCACAAUGGUUCCAACUUUGUGCCUGGACGUCGGUCAUUCCAGUAAUGGUGAGGCUGACACAUCAGACUCCAUUUUUUGUAAACCACUUUUAAUAACCCCCUCAUCUAUGAAUGAACAAAAAGGACAAAGUGAGACCCCAAAACCUCUCUUGGCUCUCAAAAAGUAUUUGCAAGACCAAGUCCUCCUUGACACCACAAAAGCGAUUGCCAGCCAGGUUCUAGUCUUGUAUAAGACUGAGGUGAUGGAGAAGUUCUCAUCUUCUGUUGGAGAGUGUGAUUCUGAAGAGUCUCUGGAGGCCAUUCUAUUUGUGGAUGGCAUCAUGUCUGACUUGAAUGAUUUCACCAGUUCUUGUUCCGCCUCACCAUCUGAGUUGUUAGACAGUGAACAAUGUCUCUCCCAUCUCACUUUUCCACUUGGUCUGCAGGACAGCACCACCAACAGUGAAUCUACCCAGAGUCUUCCAGUUAUAAAUAUGACGAAACUCUCCAGUGUGUCUUUCCAGACAAAGGCUAGAAAGGCAGUGAGUGAAGCUCUGAGAUCUGUCAACCCCUUUACAAACAGCUUACUGGGAGACUCUGAAGCAUCUAAAUUACUGGACACUUUUGUAACAGAUGUGGAGACUAUUGUUCAGUCCAUGCAGGCACAUGAAUCUGAAAUUCUCAGAAUUUCAAAAGUGAGCACCCUUUCUGCUGCUCGUAUUAUAUAUCAUAGAUUUCGAGAAAUGCUGAGGCGUUUUCUCACUUCCUGCCAAGACUCUGUAAAGGUCAUCGGUGGUGUUACACCAAUACAUGAUGAGACUCUCAAACAGGCUCCUAGUGAAAGUUUAGAUUCUCAGGUGACUUGUAAUAGGGAUUCUCUUGAAAUCCAAGCGGACCUUCAAACCUGUACCAAGGAGGUCAUUAGUCAGAUCCUCACUGUGUAUCACUCUGAGGAAUCCAUGGAGGAAUGCCUCUCUAGCCUAAAAGGAGAUAAAGAAGACCUGUCCAAGCUUUUGGAUGCCGUUGUUUCUCAGAUUGACGUCCUUGCCGCCUCCAAAUCAUAUUUAUCUGUUGAUGACUAUGCUGUCAAUACACAGGACAAUUUGCAUGGUGAGAUCAACAAUGAUGAGGAGGAGGCAUCCUCUAGAAGUCUUAAAUCCACAGCCUUUGACAAACUAUGUACUGAUGCAUUUCAAACUAAAGCCUCACAUAUGGCUGGUGGGAUCCUUCAAUCAGGGUUAAUUGGUAUUGUAAAUACCAGCCUUGAUGGUAGAAGUGCAGACAUUUGUGCAGAGUCCAGUAAUGAUGGUGAUGAUAGAGAUGUCAAAAUCCUUCAGAAGAGUGGAACUCCAUCUUUAUUCACCUCUUCUCUGCACACCAAUUCUGCAGCAUCCAACAUCGUCAGAAGCAUCACUAAAGACGUUAGUAGCUUCACCCAGAUGACUAAAAUGUCUGAUGCUUCAGUGUCUGGCCAGUUAGAGAGAUCCCUGUCAGCUUCAACCCUUCCUGUCAGUGUUCACAACGGGGCCAAUGUGAAAGGAAAGAUCAUUUGGCCAGGCACUGUUAACCUGUUCAACAAUGUGUUCACCAAGGUCAAGGAUUUUUUUGCCCAGCAACAACCGGUCCUCCUAGACAAUGUGGUUGAGGCCCCCAAACAUGCCGAAUCCAUAUGCAGAACAGCUACUUCUACAAAAAUGACUUACAGUGAACAUGAAGGCAGCCAGACCAGCAUGGUAAAUUAUUCCAAAGCCUUAAUUAGUCAGACUCUGAUGACAAUCCAGAGGAGAGUGUCUAUGUCAGAGAGGAUGAGCACUUCAGAGAAAGGCCUCUUGACUCGUUCCAUCGUGGGCUCCAUGUUGGAGGAUGUUGACAUGGUGAGAACUGAUAGACACGAGAUACACCGGCCAUCCUCCUCAAAGUCCUCCCUGUCCAUCACCUCUGCCAUGACCAGAGGGUCCCAGA